AUGACUUUCCUGUUGGCGAGCGUCACCCACAACAUCACUUGUCAUCAAGCUGCAGUUGCUCUGGCUAUCUAUUACCAUAUUUUCGAAUUAAGAAGUCCAUUCUAUAUACCAAUAUUCAUGAGAAGACAACAGAACACUUUCUCGAAAAGGAAAAUAAUGAGUUUCAAUCGCAUUUCCGCGUCUUGGAACGCACCCUCGAGCUGGGAGACCUUGUCCUCCAGCUCCUCAACGAGGCGGUCCUUCUCGCUGAGCUUCUGGCGGAGGCUCCUGGUCUCCGUCUCGAGCUUCGACACGCGCGACGCGAUGGCCAUUGACGUUAGCUUGCGGGCCAGAUCCAGUUGUUCGUACGGGUCCGUGGGUAUGACCGCCAGAACAUCGUCGGGUAGGUCGAAGUCCGGCCCCACCGAAUUUCCGUCGCCGCCGCCGUGCGCCAUCUGCCGCCGGGUGCGGAGCUUGAUUUAG